AAGGGUCGGAAGUCAAGUUGCAGAGAAAAAAUGGCGCAGAAGGAAGAAAAUGUGGUGAUCUUUCCGUUCAUGGCGCAAGGUCAUAUGAUCCCUUUCCUGUCUCUGGCUCUCCAGAUAGAGCAAAAGAAAGGCUACACGGUGACCUUCGUCAACACCCCACUUAACAUAGAAAAGCUCCGCCAUUCUCUCCCUCCGACCUCCACCAUCCGCUUCGUCUCCCUCCCUUUCUCAGCCGCCGAACAUGAUCUUCCUCCCGAAGCAGAGAACACCGACGUCCUUCCAUACCCACUCAUCGUCCGCCUCUUCCAUGCAUCCCUCUCCCUUAAACCUUCCUUCACCCAACUCAUCUCCGAACUCUCCCCUCUCUGCAUCAUCGCCGACAUGUUCUUCGGCUGGACUGCCGAGGUUGCUAACCAAUUCGGAGUCUUCCAUUCCAUCUUCAACGCCGGUGGUGCCUACGGCAUGGCCCUCUACCGCUCCGUCUGGUUACACCUCCCUCACUGCAACACCGAUUCCGAUGAGUUCUCACUUCCUGACCUCCCCGAAAUCUCCCCAAUCCACCGCUCCCAGCUCUCCAACAACGUCAAGUACGCAAAUGGUACCGAUCCAUGGUCUGUAUUCAUCCAGGGACAAGUUCGAUUGUGGUUCUCCUCUGAUGGGCUCUUGUUCAACACAGUGGGGGGCAUAGAUCAGACUGGUUUAAGCUAUUUCAGAAGGAAAAAAACCGGAAUUCCUGUUUGGGCAAUCGGCCCAACUAGUUCCCCGUUAACAAAGAAAGCCGGAAACGAUCGUAAUCGCUGCAUCGAUUGGCUUGAUACAUGUCCCCAAGAUUCUGUUCUGUACGUGUCAUUUGGGUCUCAGAACACAAUCUCUGCUACCCAAAUGAUGGAAUUGGCUAAAGCUUUGGAGUUGAGCGGCAAAAAUUUCAUCUGGGUCGUAAGGCCUCCGAUCGAAUUCGACAUAAAUUUAGAGUUCACAGCAGAAAAAUGGUUGCCGGAGGGGUUUGAGGAUCGGAUCAAAGAGCAAAACAGAGGAUUGUUGGUGCGUAAAUGGGCACCACAGGUGGAGAUUCUGUCUCACAAGUCGACCAGAGCUUUUAUUAGUCACUGUGGUUGGAACUCUGUGCUGGAGAGUUUAAGCCAAGGAGUUCCGAUCUUGGCAUGGCCGAUUGGAGCUGAUCAGUUUUACAAUGCCAAAUUUUUGGAGGAAGAGGUGGGAGUUUGUGUUGAAAUGGCGAGAGGGAAUAGCAGUGAAGUCAAGCACGAGCACAUACUGAAAUUGAUUGAGCUUGUGAUGUGUGAGACAGAGAAAGGAGAGAAAAUGAAGAAGAGAGCUUGUGAGGUUAAGGAGAUAAUAAGGGAUGCCAUGAGGGAUGAGGAAAGCUACAGGGGUUCUUCUUUGAGAGCCAUGGAUGAAUUCUUUGAUGCAGCAAUAUCGAUGAAGACCAGGAAGGAGACCCAAGAAUAGACCUCCGAGGGUCAGAAAGUGGGGAAUGGU